AUGGAAAAAAAUCCGACUCGUAUGCAAUCGCGAACGUCGCGAAAGCAGCUCCUAGAAGGAUUCUUUCUGUGGCAGCAGCGGAGCUUGGUGGACGGCAGGUGUUCGCGGUGUCGCAUGGCUGCAACUGCGGUGGCGUGUGUGAACCCCAAGUCUGGUGGACUGAGGGGAGCGAAAGUUCUGGAGGUGCUGCGUAAGAUUCUGGGAGCGGAAAAGUGCCUGAACGUGCUGCAGGUCCCAAGCGCUGCCGAGUGGCUGGUUGAGAACUUUGGAGCAGAGGAAAACCUCCGCAUUCUUAUUUGCGGUGGCGACGGAACUAUUAGUCGCGUUGUCGAUAGUUAUGUACAGGUGGUGAGUCGACUCAGCGCUUCAGGCGAUUCAGCCAGUUCCGAUCGUCAGCUGGACGUUCUUCGCAAAUGGGCGUUUGCCCCGAUUCCCAUCGGUACUGGUAACGAUCUAGCGCGCACGCUGGGCUGGGGCUCGAAUCUCGUGGGUGUAAGCGGGCCUUUUUUCGAGGGCGUGGUCAGGUAUGCAGUAGAGAGUGUACCGGUUCCGCUGGAUACCUGGCAGGUGACGCGAAAGCGACUGAGGAGGCAGCAAGGCUCGCGCAGCAGCUCGCUGUUAGCCCACUUCUCCUCCGGUGAGGCUUCUGCGAACAGAGACCGCAGUGUUCGCUUCGCAAGCGCUGAAUCUGGGGCUUGUGCGCCAGGUCAAGGUUCGGAUUCGGAGUCCGAUGAAGAGGAAGAGUCUACGUAUGCGAGACGUUUCACGAUGCUGAGCUAUUUGUCCCUCGGAUGCGAUGCGGAUGUGGAAUUGCUUUUCAACUCUCGACGAGAAGCAAAUCCGAGACGAUAUCGGAGCCAGACGCUUAACUACAUUUCACAUGCUCUCUUUGGGAUCGAACGAACGAUGCUGAGUCGGGCGCGACCUCUUUACAAGGAGCGCAUCACGCUCUAUGUUGAUGGGCAACGCAUCAAGAUUCCACGCGCCGCGCAGUCCCUUUUAUUCGCAAACAUUCCUUCCUAUGGUGCUGGGGCGGAUCCAGGUGGAGUGGCCCGCCGUCAGCGUCGGGCCCUAGCUCGGAAACAGCAACAGGUACUCCAACUUUGUCGCUGCUUUCAUCGUCGGUCCUCAGGGGAUCAUACGGUUUCCCAGUCGGAAGCACAUCCUCCCGGGGGGAGCGCGGUAGAUAAGCAUGCGGCUACAAUCGACGCACGCACGGAGGGAGCGCAUCAUAGCCCCGAUCCUGUCGAAAGGGAAUCAUCUCAGGCUGCACGUCAGGACGCUGUGGGCCCGCACGACUCUGUCAGCAGCGCAGUCCUGCCGUGCGUGGACGACGGCAGGUUGGAUAUCAUGACCAUGAAGAGUCUUGUUCAUUUUGUAUGGAUUAAAAUGGGUCGCGAGGCUCAGCGUCUGCGGAACGGUAGGAAAAUUCGCAUUGAGCUUGAGGAGAGUCGCUCUUCGUUGGUCCGCGCGGCCUCGUCGCUUGUCGCCAAACAUAUCGCAGUGCAAUGUGACGGUGAGGCAUGGAACCAAGCACGUAAUGAAUGCAUCGAAAUUGAGCCUUUCUCGUUUCAGGUAGGCUUCCUGCUUGGCCCACUCUACGCUGGGGCAAUCUUUAAGGCAGACUCGCGCAUGCGCUUGGUCCGCGGUCUCGUUGCUCCCUACCUGAAGCCAACCAGUGCACCCAGCGCAGUUUUCAGUCAACCAGAUUCCAUCAGAUAUAUAGAGCAGGGCCUCUCCAAGGCGAGUGAGGCGUUCUUGGCUGGUGUUGGAGAACGUGCCAGGAUCGCUCGCAGCGCCCCAGAUGUGCCGCCGAGAUCUUCCGUCAGCCGCACUGUGGCAUCUGAGCGUUCCAUCAGUGUCGAGCGUAGCGGGCAUGCUAGCAACCGCCAACCCGAGACGCAUCCCGAAGAAAAUGACGAGUCCGGGGCGCCCAAGCAACGAGAGAGGUUCUCACGAUCUCGGUGGUUGUCGCACGCGCUGGGCAGCUGUUUCGGUGGCAAGCGCCAGCCUGCUGGUGAACCUGUCGGGGCGAAAUAA